AUCUCUAUUAAUAUUAAAGUACGGGGGUUAACCUAAUCCAGCUAACUUAUUCUCUUUGGAUUAAAUCCUGAUUAAAUUAACAAUGUUGGACAAAUCUUGUAAUACCAAUGGACAGUGCAAAAAGAUAGACAAUGGACAAACCAGAGAGCAGAAACCUUGGAACGUCGAACCAUCUACUAUUGGAAACAACUGCAUAAAUCCUAUUAGACUUACAAUCGAAAAAUUGUUUUCCAAAUCUGUAACUGAAAAAUCUAUUAUAAGUUUGGCUAUAGGAGAUCCAACUUUAUAUGGAAAUUUGAAUCCGUCCCAAGAAUCCAUCGACGCCCUAGUAAAAGUUGUACAACAAGGAAAACACAAUGGUUAUUCACCAAGUAUGGGACUACAAACAGCCCGACAAGCUAUUGCAGAUUUUAUCAGCGUAGAUGGAGCUAAAUUUACUUCUGACGAUAUAUUUAUUUGUAGCGGAUGCGCGUCAUCCUUAGAAACGUCCAUCACUGCAUUGGCGGAUCCAUUUAAGGGCCAAAAUAUAUUAAUACCAAAACCUGGUUUUGGCGCUUACAAAACCUUAGCUGUAACCAUUAACGUAAAAGUGAAAAGCUACGACUUGAUACCUGAAAAGAACUGGGAAGCAGAUCUUAACCAAUUAGAGUCACAAAUCGAUGACAAAACCACCGCUAUUGUUGUAAACAAUCCUUCGAAUCCUUGCGGAGCAAAUUACAGCAAACAACAUUUGCAACGCAUAUUGGAUAUAGCUUCACGGCAUCGCGUUCCUAUAAUAGCGGAUGAAAUAUAUGAAAAAUUGGUUUAUCCAGGAAAAAAAUUCGUAUCCUUAGCUUCUAUGGAAACAGAUGUGCCCAUACUAGUCUGUAGUGGACUGAGUAAAAGCUUAUUAGCACCUGGAUGGCGACAAGGUUGGAUCGCGGUUUGUGAUAGAGCAGGCGUAAUGACGGAAAUAAGACGGAUUUUGGAAAGUCUGGGCCAAAGAAUUAAUGGAAGUAAUAGUUUGGUGCAGGGUGCCAUUCCAGAAAUACUUCAAAAUACACCACAAUCUUUCUAUGACGACGCAGCGGCUAAAUUGGAGAAGCAAGCCAAAGUCGUUUAUGACAGACUGAGUCACGUGAAGGGCUUAACACCUUAUAUGCCGGAAGCGGCUCUAUAUCUUGUAGUUAAGUUUGAUUUAGAGAAAUUUCCAGAUCUUCAAAACGGUCUUGAAAUCACAAAGCAACUGUUGAAUGAAGAAUCCGUGUUUUGUUUACCAGGAGAGUGUUUCGAAAUGACGGGAUUCAUAAGGAUAGUUAUUACAUCUCCAUGUGACGUACUAGCGGAAGCUUGCGAUAGGAUUGCUAAAUUUGCGGAACGUCAUUACGUUGAAUAGUACCUCAGAAGCUAAGUGAAAAUUAUGAAAAUAAAGUAGCGAAUUUUUUAUGCUGUGUUUAAUGUAAUUGUUGAAUUGAUAUAUUAAGUACUGAUUUAUGGGAACGAAUAAAGAUUUAAGUUAUA